GGGGCCUCGCCGGCGCCGUCAAGUAGCCCGGGGAACUGCCGGUGCGGCUCAGAGCGGGUGGGCGGCCGAAAGGCCGGAGCCGCGCGGGGCAGCACCUGGGCCGCUGGCCGCGUCUUCCCGCAGCGCUGCCCGCCAUGCCCCCGCCGCGCCGGGCUGCGCUGGGACUCCUGCCGCUUCUGCUGUUGCUGCUGCUGCCGCCAGCGCCGGAGGCCGCCAACAAGCCGACGCCCUGCCAGCGCUGCCGGGGGCUGGUGGACAAGUUUAACCAGGGGAUGGUGGACACCGCAAAGAAGAACUUUGGCGGCGGGAACACGGCUUGGGAGGAAAAGACGCUGUCCAAGUAUGAGUUCAGUGAGAUUCGCCUGCUGGAGAUCCUGGAGGGGCUGUGUGAGAGCAGCGACUUCGAGUGCAACCAGAUGCUGGAGGCGCAGGAGGAGCACCUGGAGGCCUGGUGGCUCCAGCUGAAGAAUGAGUAUCCCGACUUAUUCGAAUGGUUUUGUGUGAAAACACUGAAAGUGUGCUGCCUUCCAGGAACCUACGGCCCCGACUGUCUUGAGUGCCAGGGCGGGUCCCAGAGGCCCUGCAGCGGGAAUGGCCACUGCAAUGGAGAUGGCAGCAGACAGGGCGACGGGUCCUGCCGGUGCCACGCGGGGUACCAGGGCCCGCUGUGCGCUGAAUGCAUGGAUGGCUACUUCAGCUCGCUCCGGAACGAGACCCACAGCUUCUGCACAGCCUGCGACGAGUCCUGCAAGACGUGCUCAGGCCCGACCAAUAGAGACUGCAGCGAGUGCGAAGUGGGCUGGGUGCUGGAGGAGGACGCCUGUGUGGAUGUGGAUGAGUGUGCGGCUGAGACACCUCCUUGCAGCGCCGCCCAGUUUUGCAAGAACGUCAACGGCUCCUACACAUGUGAAGAGUGUGACUCCAGCUGCGUGGGCUGCACAGGGGAAGGCCCAGGGAACUGUAAAGAGUGCAUCCCCGGCUAUUCGAGGGAGCUCGGACAGUGUGCAGACGUAGAUGAGUGCUCACUAGCAGAAAAAGCAUGUGUGAGGAAAAACGAAAACUGCUACAAUACUCCAGGGAGCUACGUCUGCGUGUGUCCUGACGGCUUCGAGGAAGCAGAAGAUGCUUGUGUGCCGCCGGCCGAGGCCGAAGUCACAGAAGAAGAGAGCCCGACACAGCCGCCCGCCCAUGAAGACCUGUAGUGCGCAUCAAGCCAGAAGCCAGACCUGCCCUUUAAGUUAUUGAGAAGGACGUCCUGUGGGAACAAGGCCUGCGGUGGAGCUGCCUGCUCUCGGUGGUGGGUUCUCACUUGGCCCUUAAACAGCUGCAUUUCUUGGUUGUUCUUAAACAGACUUGUCUAUUUUGAUACGUUGUUUGUAAUAAAAUUAACCACUGAAGGUAGUCAGGAA